AUGAGCAUACCGAGCCAGUUCUGGAAGCGGAAGCAAGGGACAGCGCUCAAGGCACCCAAGGACAGUACACCUCGUGUGAAGGUGACAAAGAAGAUGCGUGACGACGCUCGAGUCAAGCUCUUCUCCCUUCGCCGAUCAUUCCGGCUCCGUGUUGAUGAACACCUGGAAGACUUCAUCACCGCAGAGAUACUCUGCCCUGAUGACGUCAUCGAGAGCAUCCUCCAUGAUCGCAACGUCUUUGAGAUCACUGACGAGACAUCACUGUGGCAGACUGUUGGUGGUACACAGGAGUACCUGGAAAAACACAGCCAAGAGCUGCUUAAUGUGAUCUCAGGCCUGCGAGAAGAGUUCACCCAAAUCCACAUGAAGCGCAUGGCCGACACAACAGCAAAGCGCAAGCAGACCACACUUGAACGUGCCGCAUUGAAGGCCAUAAAGCCAGCUCAGGAGGUGGAUGCAACUGAAGGCUCUAGUAGUGAUGACUCUGUCGAGUCAGAGUUCUCUACGUCGGAUGAGCACGAUCUCAUCUUGCCUGUAAACGAGUACAUCGAAGAUGAGAUUUCAUCCACCCAGUUCGCUGUCCGACAAACCAUCACCAUCCACCUCAAAACCAGCUUCCGCUUCAGUCUCAAUCUCAUCCUCAUCUUCAUCAGCCAAUCCCAGCAUCUCCCGUGCAUCGACCCCAACGUCAACGUCUCCGUAGACCAGCUCCCCAUCUCGUAUCUCCCACAUGGGUACCGAAUUGUCUUCCUCGUCAGAGUCAUCCGAGACGUCGUUGACGUCGAGAUGUUCGGGCUUGAUUACACCCCGUUGGAAGUCGCUCAGCUUGGUGUUCUUGUCGGUAUUGUCAGGGGUAAGUGUGCGGCCUGGGCAGCGGAGGUGGAGUUCAUGUCGCUUGAACUCCUCCAGAAGGAUCCGGACGUCCGCGUCACGUUGAGGGCUGGUGUGACGGCCAGAGCGUGCUGCAAGACCGACACCCUCAUUGAGGUCGUCGCGUAG